AUGGCGGAUUCGACAGUAACCGAUGUAAGCAAGUUAAAAGUUGUCGAUUUAAGAAAAGAAUUAAAGACACGUGGAUUGUCUUACACCGGCGACAAAGCGGAACUUGUAGCUAGACUUCAAGCAGCUAUUGCCCAAGAUGACCACGGAGAUAUUAACUUUGAUUCUGAUGAAAUAGAUUCAGACGGUGUAUUAGAAGAUGAGGAUGACAAAAGCCAAAAUGAUAUUUUGGACGAUACAGCUGUGGAUACAUUAAACGAAGAGUUAGCACUCGAAGAGAAUUCCGCUAAGCAAACAAAUGAGUCGAAACCUCAAAAAUCCCUCAAAAGAAAAAUAAGUUCAACAGAAACUACCAAGGAAAAACAAGUACAAGACAAUAAAGAAGCAAAUUGCAAAAAGAUUGUCUUAAAUAGAGCUACUUUGACAUCUGUUCCAAAAGCUGCUGAAGAUAUUUCAGAGCCUAAAUCAGAGGAAAAGCUUCCCAGUAACAACAAUAGGGUAAAAAUUACUGCUGAUUUAGAUCCCAAGACAAGGUUAGAAAUGAGAGCAAAAAGAUUUGGAUUGCCUGUAAAAAUGACAGAGGCCGAACGUAAAGAAGCAAGGAAACAGCGAUUUGGCCAAGCAGAUACCAACACAUCAGUUAUAAAAGACAGUAUAACUUCUACUUCACUACAGGAAAAUUUAGAAAAAUUUAAGCAAAGAGCACAAAGAUUUGGACAAUCAGUGUCUUCAAUAAUGACUGAUAUUGAAAAUAAAGAAAAAUUAGAAAAGCGUAAGGCAAAGUUUGGGAUUGCAAAU